AUGUGGACCUUCCUGUUUCUUUUUGCUGUUUUCUUCUUUCUGGCCCCAGCCAGAAAUGAAUUCUUUAAUGAAAAAUGCUACAACUUACAAGGGAAAUGUCAAUCUUCUUGUGCUAAAAAUGAAGAACUUGUUGCUCUCUGCUGGAAGAAUCUGAAAUGCUGUGUGAAAAUCAAACCAUGUAAGAAGAUUAGAGAGCAAGACUGA